AUUUUGCGAAGAAAAGACAUCAUAGUUGACCAUGACAUUAAGCAGAGAUAAGAGCUCCCUUAGGCCUGUCUUCUUGUCCACAAAAUGUAGUUAGUCUCUGCUGCAAAGAAAGAUUGAACUGGUUUUUGUUCACUCUAUUAUUAUGCAGUGGCAUUCUGUAACUGCCAAAUUCUUUGUAAACGACACGAAACUACCAUCUCUUGCAAAAUCUUCUGCCAGUGGAGCUCUUGCAGUAUAAGUUGUAGAUGGCUAGUACAGUGCAAGCAGUGGCUUCUGUAGUAACUGCAGGAGCCGAAGUUGCUGGAGUAUUACCCACAGUGACGUUUCUCUCCCCAGAGAAUGUGAAGGCGAUCUAUAAAGAACUAAAGGAACAAUUGGAUUUUCUACGGGCAAAAAAGAAGGAUCGUGAUGAUGAAGCUGAAAAAGAGGUGAUGACAAUGAAGACAAGCUAUGAGUACAAUGACUGGGAUCAGAGGGUUAGUAAAAUUGAUAUUCAGAUGACAGAAUCCCUCUUCUUUUACAAGACUGAGAUUGAAAAGAUAGAUAAGUGGACAGAUAUGCCCCAACGGAUACGUCUUGGAGCAAUGAUGAAUAAUGAUAUAACAAAGAUACAACAACUGCAGAAAGAGCUGAGUGAGAUGAGAAACAUUCUCGUAGCUAAACAACCCGAUCAUGUUGUAAAGAUCUCCAACGCACCUGACAUUAAAGGUUUCGAAACAUUGGAAAAUCCAAUGAACACAAUUUUAAGUCUUCUGAAACUGGGGAAGGAUGUUAGAGGAAUUCAAAUUCAUGGAAUACUUGGUACAGGAAAGACGGCCAUAAUGCAGAAUUUGAACAACCAUGAAGAAGUUGCUAAUAUGUUUCAGAUAGUUAUUUGGCUAAAGGUUUCAUCAGAUAAGCUUGAUGUGAUUGGGAACACGAAAAACUUUAGCAUUGAAGAACUACAGAGGGAUGUAAUGCAAAGACUGAAUCUUGAUGAAACCAUUGCAGUUAACCAAUACAAGCAAAAAAUUUGGGGAACACUGAAGGACAAAAAAUAUUUGCUACUUCUUGAUAAUGCUAAAGAAGAUCUUAGUAUAGAUGAAAUUGGAUUUCCUUACAAUUGGGAAAGAGGUAGCAAAAUAGUUAUAACUUCAAGAUUCAAAUUUGUUUGCCCCUCGUUGGUGGAUCGCUCUAUUAAGAUUGGAGUACUAACUUCAAAGGAGGCCCGGAGAAUGUUUUCUAAUAUUUUAAAACCCAAAGAUUUCAGCAACAAUGCAUUUAUCAUGAAAAUUAUGCGUAAAGUAGUAGAUUGGUGCCAUGGUCUUCCCGUUGCUAUCAAGAUUGUGGCAGGAUACUUCAAAUUUAGAGACACUGAAAGUUCCUGGAGAAAUGGACUGAACACCCUAAAUAGCUGGCCUGAGUACGGAGAUGAUAAGAUUAAAGAAAUGUGUAGAUCUUUGAGCUUUUGUUGUGACCUCUUGAAGGAUGCUGAAAAGGAUUGCUUUUAUUACGGUGCUCUAUAUCCAGAAGAAAGCAACAUAUAUAAAGAUCGUUCGUUGGACUGUUGGAUGGCUGAAAAUUUCCUGGGAUCUAAGGGUGAAAGUGGCCGUCAAAAAGGGCGAUAUAUGUUGGAGCUUCUUAACAAUCUGAAUUUGUUUGAAGAAGAUGAGCACAAAAAAUGUGUUAGGAUGCACAAAUUGAUCCGACUUGUGGCAUUGCAUAACUUGCAAAUUGAUGGGAAACAUAAUUGUUUGGUUCUAUCAAAUGAAGAAUCUUUAGACCAACAAAAUAUGGAUAGUUGGGAAGAAAAGCAUUGGAUCUCCUUGGCUGACAAUAAGAGUUUAAAUACCUUUUCAAACAGUCCAAAUUGUUCAGUGCUUUCCACUCUUUUCUUACAAGGGAAUUCAAAUCUGAAAAGUUUUCCUCCUUCAUUCUUCAAACAAAUGAAAAGUCUUCGUGUUUUAGACUUGAUGGGCACUAAUAUUGAGACUCUUCCAGAUUCUUUGAUGAAUGCAAUAAAUCUAGCAGUGCUCUAUCUAAAUGGAUGCAUCAAUUUGUUGGGACUUCCUCCUGACAUCGGAAAACUUGAACUUCUUGAAGUCCUCGAUAUUAGUGGCAUUGGAGUUGAUAUUGUACCACCUCAAAUCCGAAGCUUGAAACAUCUUAAGCGUUUCCUAGUAUCCAGUUCUGUUUUCAGUGAAACAAAUAUCUUUAAUGUAAUCUCUAAUCUCACUGAAUUGCAAGAGUUGUUGAUUGAUACAAAAUCAGAAAAGGGUAUUUAUACCUGGGGGAUUAUUGAUGCUGUUAUGGAAAGUGUUAAAAGCCUGAGACAUUUGACAAGUCUUCAGUUCAGGUUUCUAAAUGAUGAAGUUGUCGAUGUCAUAAAAGUGGUAGAUGGUGUCACAAGGAUCUAUGCUCACAAGGAAGAUAACAUCAAAUUUUUUGUUGAAAAAGAAGGUCUGGACUCUGGCUCAUUUCAAGUUUUCAUUGGUUGUCCAAUUUCACCAGAUUUCAAGAUCCCGAAAUGUGAAAGAUUUCAGAGGUAUGUGAAAUAUUGCAAUGGUAGAGAUCGAAGUCCAGCAUUUCUCAAGUUGAUUUCAAGGGCAGAUUCAUUAGUAAUAGAUAACCAUUAUGACCUCAAACAUCUAUCUGAAUUUGAGUUCUCAAACUCGUCUCCAAUCAGAGGUUGUCUGCUAGAGCACUGCAACAAAAUCAAAUAUGUGGUUGACCACUAUUCAAUACUGUCGAAUCUGGAGCGACUGUAUUUGAAUGAUUUGCUAGAACUUGAAAGCCUUUGGGGUGGCUCCAUCCACAUUGGCAACUUACCAAAACUGAAAACUCUGAAGUUGAGCAGGUGUCCAAAGCUAAUCGAAAUUAUCACUCAAGAUGCAGUGAAAGACAUAAUCCAUAUUUCUCACGGUGCUGGACAGAAACCACUAGUGUUUCCAAACUUAAAGGAAGUGGUACUUGUAGAUAUGCAAAAUUUGACAAGUAUUUGGGAAAAUGAUUUACUAGAGUGGCCGGCUCUGAAGAAAGUGGAGAUAAAUAAAUGUCCAGCAUUGCAUCAUUUGCCUUUCAGCAAAGAUAACGCUGUCAGACUGACAUCCAUUAUAGCUGAAGAAUCUUGGUGGGAAUCUCUGCAAUGGACAGACCCUGAGGCUAAACAACAUUUCCAGGAAUAUUAUACAGUUGCUGUCUAGCAGGCGGACGAAUUCUUCUCGACGCCUGGACUGUUGACAGUGAUGCUCAGUCUGGACUUGCUACGAUGAGACAACAGUGAUCUGGCAUUGCAUUUUUCAAUAAUUUACAUAUGCAGUAAGCAUACUGUUGUCACUAAAGUAUCUAUAUGUUCCCUGUGAUGUUGAUCAUUUUAGUAUGUGUUUCGGUUAUUAUCAUAAGAAAAACAGCCAUUCUUUUCGUUGUAGCUUCUCUUCGUAUGAAAUAUAUCAGACUUUCUCAUUCAGAAA